AUCGCACUCUAGCUGAAUUCCUUGUUAUGCUUGACGAUUAUGAACCCUUGAUUCCCAAUGAAGUAACAGACUAUUAUCUCCAGAGGGUAGGGUUUGAAUGCGAAGACGUGCGGCUAAAACGCCUGCUUUCCUUGGCUGCACAGAAGUUCGUAUCAGAUAUUGCUGCCGAUGCCUACCAGCAUGCCCGUAUACGUACGAACGCCGUUGGUGGUCGUGCCCGAGGCCCCCUCACUGGGCCAGGGUCAAAGGAUAAGACAAGGACCGCGCUGACCAUGGAUGACUUGAGUGCCGCGUUGGCCGAGUACGGCAUUAAUGCUAAAAAACCAGAAUUUUAUCUGUGA